AUGCCCGACUUCGCCGAGCUGGAGAAGCAGUACCACCGGUGCAUGACCAUCAGCGCCGCGCGCGUGGCCGACCAGGUCCGAUACCUCGCCCAGUCGGGUCAUCCCCAACCUGUACACCCUGCCCAUGGGGCGCUCGUCGACCCGCAGCCCCCUUCAGCUUCAAUUGCAAUCCUGGUAUCACACCCAGCGCCGGCGCACUCGCCCUCCGCGGAUCUAGGCCCCGGGCACAACAUCAUCCCGCUCCCGGGCCCUUUCGACCACCUCCUCACUUCUCCCGCCGGUCCAUCCUCACUCCUCGGUCGACGCCUUGGAGCCACUUCCACUCCAUACAUCACCGACUGGCAGUAUCGCGUCGGCUUUGAUCCCUCCCGCUCUCCUGCCACCUCCAGCACAUAUCUCUCCGCUACCUACCGCGACCUACCCACAUCCUCUAUACCCAUCACAAACUCCGUCCGCCCCUUCACCCUUCACUUCCCCUACAUCGCGCGCUACAAGGCAAGGCGACCCUCCAUCAGCUGCAAACUGCAACGUCGGGCUAGGUAUAGAUCCCAGGCGGUUCAUGAGGGGGUCAGAGGCAGGACCAAGUCGGAGCUCAGCAGUAAUUGGGGUGGGAGUGCCCUCUCCGGGCGCAACAACAGGCGCAGAACAAGGCUACCAUGCCUCCCAGAGCUCGUACUGCCCCCCAAUCCAACCUUCCCCGUCUUCUCUCAGCUCCCGCAGCUCUCAGCUCCCCUUCUUGGCUUCACCCACCCUCCCAUCCUGCCCACCGCACCUCCACACACACCAACUCGCUACAUCCACGACCUCGACCCCGUUGUCAACCUCGCAGUCGACAGGGGUCGACUCGCCACUUUCCACCUGCCUAACUCGAGGCGCCGGCCGAGUCUGCCAAAUACUGCGCGCGAUCACGUACCGGAGGGCGAGAAGUGGCUGGAUAAGAAGGAGAGGCGGAAGGCGCAGAAUCGGAUCGCACAGCGGAGGUCUAGGGAGAAGGGAAAGGAGCAUGGGUCUGGAAGCUCCCAGUCUACCAUGGUUUCCACGCCGCCUUCAGAUGAGAGACGUUUCAGCGGUGAGGAUGAUUCGGGGGACAGUAGUGCUGGAAAAGCCGAGAUGCGAGAGAAAGUACCAGAGGUCAUCCAGUGCAUGGUCGGAGAUCGGACAUGGCGGCUCAGUGGAAAAGCGCGAAAUCGGUUCCUCGCUGUCCGUCAUCCAGCUCUGGAGGACAGCAAUGACUGCAUAAGUAGAUUAGGUGACUAUCAGCUUGUCCACAAUAUGAAGCUAGCGCUACGCGCGCCGAUAGCUUGGGCUGCCGGCGGCGGGGCCGCCCCAUCAACCGCACGGUCUCGCUCGGGCAGGUCUUGGCUCGGCGGUCGACACGUUCCAAGGCAUGAGGCCUCGAGGGCGGGGGACCAGAGCAACGCAGAUGCGAGUAACGGGGAGAAGCAAAGGCGCACAGCCAGGCACAGUCAGGCACAGUUGGCUGCUGUUGGCCGGUUGGCCCCAGAUCUGACCCAGAGCCUAGACCUUUUACGUUACUCUUCGUUUACCCGCGCAAUGAUAAGAUAG